ACUUUAUUUUAAAAAUUCAACACUUUAAUUCAAUUUACAUUUAUAAUAACAUAUUACUAACAAGUAAACAUUACAGAUGGAGUUUCAGAUUGAGACAUGUAUCUUUCAAUAGUUUUGUUUGUGAAGUGAAACUUGAGAAAAAUUUUGAGAAAUAAUGCAGCAAAUUUUGGGAUGUUCUAUAAUUUUAGCUUUAAUGCAAGAAUACUCCACCACAGUAAAAUCUACUGAUGUAGGUCUCUCUUGGGAAUCACAUUAUGCUGCUAAAAAAGAGUUUGAGGCAAAUGACUUGAGACGUAUAUUUGUAUUCAGUACUCAAGCAUUAAAUGAAAUAAAAAAUCUUCCACAAUCUUUAUCUCAAGAAACUUUGACUGUUCUAAAACAUUUAUUAAAUAUUUCUGAAAAUGUUUUGGUCUGGGGAUUUAUUUCUGCAAAUAAUAUCCUUUUAAAUACUUUAUCUUAGAAAUAA